UAUCGACUUUACCAGUUGUCAUUUUGCGGCAGUACUAAACGCAUGUGUUCUUUGAAGACUUCAGUUUCGCCAUUUUACGUCUCAAGCAUGUAAAUAGAUACAAAAGUGGAGUGUGAUAAUGAUUUUAAUAUCGUGAAUUACUCAAGUGUAUAUGUGGACGGAAUAUGGUAAUAAACCAAUAAGAUAUGGCCUGCAUUCUUCGUUGCAUUCUCUGGGUUUCACUGUUUCAGUUAUCGACACAUGCGACUGAGAUGGCGGAGGGCAGGUCGGUGCGGGAGGGCGAGAGGGCCGCCAACCAGAAGUCCAACGGUUCGUACAAAAUCCUGAAUAGACUUGUGAAGCCUUUUGUCAGUAAACGAGUGGAGGACAGGUUCGUGUUUCCCGGAGAGUACCAGAAACCUGAAGUUUUUGAGAAGCCAGUGAUUCCUGAAGAAUGCAAGGAAAUCGGCAUUUGCGAAGACAUCCCCAAUUAUCCCGAAGAACUCGUUGAUAACUUGAUUCAUGAACUCGUGAGACAGAACAGGACGAGGUUCAACAAGGAUAUGUUGGAAGUUCCUCAAAUAGCCCAAAGGAUAGGCCCCGAGGAUGAUAACAUUGAACUCUGUGACACGGUAGAGAAGUUGUAUGCCCCGCGGGCAGCGCAAGAUAGUAAUAUGGAGUGGCAUGUGAUAGUCAAUGACAAGAAGAAGCCUCAGCAAACGUUUCGAGUUGAAAUAUGCAAGGCCAAAGAAUCACCGUGCUCAUCAAUAGCGUACUUUCAGAAUGGAUACAAGGCGAGAUGUGUCCAAAAAUUUAUGUUAAGAAAUAUGUUAGCUAUUAACGACCAGAAAGUAGUGGUCGAGAAGGCGUUCCAAGUGCCCAGCUGCUGCUCCUGCAUCGCCAGACAGACGUGACUUGGGCAACGAGUGCCAACUUUGUAUCAUAUUGUAUAUGUAAUAUAAUAAAUUACGUUAAAGAA